CUCCAACCAACAACGGUUGAUUUGCAAUUAGCGGAUAGAACAAUCCGCUACCCGAUAGGCAUCAUGAAGAAUGUCCUUGUCAAAGUAGGAAAAUUCUACAUUCCGGUAGAUUUUCUUGUUUUAGACAUGGAAAAGAUGGAUGUUCCCGUCAUCCUUGGGAGAUCAUUUUUGGCCACUUCCGCGGUCGUCAUUGAUGUGCAAGCGGCAACCGUAAAGCUAAGAGUGGGAGGAGACGACGAAACAUUCCAUGUAUGGAAAACACAAUCCAUACCAAGUCAAAACAUGGAGGUCAACACAAAUCGUUUCAUCCCUUCCAAGACCAUAAACAUCAUGAAGGCACAAAUAUUGAGGCCAGAGUGCCCUCCAACACACCACGGGAAUGAAAAGAAUGGACGGACAACACCAUGGCCUCCUCACGAUCUCAAAAGGGUAACAUUAGUCAAACGUCUUCGGGAGCCCAAUCACACGUGAGAGACGUCAUGGCCAAAAUAUGAAAGGAGAAAGAUUCAAUCAACCAACAAAGUCAGAUGUUGCUGGUGGGAUUUCAGGAUGCAUACUUCUCAGUGUUUUACCCAUAACUUUUGAUUGGCUGAAUAAAUUCACGUCAUUCAAGUUUUGGUGUAUAGAAGACUUCAUUAUCUACAACUUUGGUGAAGGAGUCAUGUCCAAAUUCGUAUCGGAACAUCCCCAAAAUCCCAGGACAAAACCGGCACCGAAAUUUGCAACAAACUCGCGUCGGUUUGUUAAUUUUCGCAUGGCACAAACCAGUAGCUUACCCGGCACCGGGUAGGCCUUAUAACCGGCACCGGGUAUGUCAAAAUUUCAGAUUUUCC